AUGCUACAGUUGCUUUUUGUUGCACUUGUUGGCUUUUUUGCAAGCUUAACAAAUGCGUUUUAUUUACCUGGUGUAGCGCCAACCGAUUAUAAAAAGGGUGACCCGGUUCCGCUAUUGGUCAAUCACUUGACUCCAUCAUUGCACCAUGUUUCCAACCAAAAUAAAAUCAACUCCGCCACAUAUGUUUACUCUUACGACUACUACUAUCCCAAAUUCCAUUUCUGUCAGCCCGAAGGUGGUCCAAAGAAACAGCUGGAGUCGCUCGGUUCGAUCAUCUUUGGAGACCGUAUUUUCAAUUCCCCAUUUGAGAUUAAAAUGCUUGAGCCUUUAAAGUGUCAAAGAUUGUGUACGAGCAAAUACCCAAAGGCUGAUUCAGUGUUUGUUAACAGAAACAUUAGAGCUGGAUACAACCACAAUUGGCUCGUUGAUGGACUUCCAGUUGCAAGCAUAUUACAAGACCGUCGUACCAAUAGUGAGUUUUACGGUGCAGGUUUCCAUAUCGGUGAAGUAGACAAGGAUCAACGUGCUGUUUUGUAUAACCAUUUUGAUAUCGAAGUGGAAUACCACAAGAGAUCAGAUGAUAUCUACCGUGUCGUUGGUGUGACCGCUGCUGCAAUGUCAUUGGAUAGAUCUGAGUUGGAGGACGAAACUGAUGCCGAUAAACUAUGCAGCUUUGAAGAUUUACAACAGGUGCACUUGGAAAAGGACAAAGACACCGAGGUUUUGUUUACUUACACCGUCAACUUCAAAGAGAGUCCAGUUGCUUGGGCUACAAGAUGGGACAAGUACCUCCACGUAUACGAUCCCAAGAUUCAAUGGUUUUCUUUAAUCAACUUCUCUCUUAUUGUGUUAAUCCUAGGCAUUGUUAUUACCCACAUCUUGAUCAGAACCUUGAAGAACGAUAUUGUUAAAUACAAUGAGGUGAACUUGGAUGAUGACAUCAGCGAUGAAAGUGGCUGGAAAUUGGUUCAUGGUGAUGUGUUUAGACCACCACCACAAAGAAUGCUUUUGUCUGUUUUGGUUGGUAGUGGUGUUCAAAUCUUUUUCAUGGCGUUUGUCACCAUCAUUUUUGCCUUAUUUGGAUUAUUAUCGCCAUCAAACAGAGGUGCUUUAUCCACAUUCAUGUUGAUUGUUUACAUUGGAAGUAGUAUUCUUUCUUCCUUUGUGUCAGGAUACUUGUACAGAUUCCUUGGUGGCGACAACUGGAAAUUGAACUUGGUGCUCACACCAGUACUCGUCCCGGGUAUUUUGUUUGGAAUCUUUGUAUUCCUUAAUUUCUUUUUGAUUUCAGUCGACUCAUCCGGCGCCGUGCCAAUGGGAACCAUGGUUGCUGUGAUCUUUAUCUGGUUUGCCAUUUCACUCCCCUUGUCCAUUGCUGGUGCAAUUUUGGCUUCCAAGAGACCUUUGCUCGAUGUUCCAGUGAGAACAAACCAAAUUCCAAGACAAGUGCCUCAACAACCAUGGUACUUGAGACUGAUCCCAGUCAUGUUCAUUAGUGGUAUUUUCCCAUUCGGCUCGAUUGCAGUGGAGAUGUAUUUCAUUUACUCUUCGUUGUGGUUCAACAAGAUCUUUUACAUGUUUGGAUUCUUGUUCUUCUGCUUCUUGCUCAUGAUUUUGACAACUUGUUUAAUCACAGUGUUGAUGGUUUACUAUACAUUAUGCUCAGAGAAUUACAAAUGGCAAUGGAAAUCUAUAUUCAUUGGUGGAGGAUGCGCCAUCUAUGUCUUUAUCCAUUCGUUGUUCUUGAUGGGUGGUGAGAAGUUGGGAGGGUUCACUUCCAUGGUUUUGUACACCGGGUACUCCAUCGUCAUCUCACUCCUUGUGUUCCUCUGCUGCUCAAGUGUUGGUUUCAUUAGCAGUUUAUUCUUUGUGAGAAAAAUCUACGGUCAAAUCAAGAUUGACUAG